GCCACUGAGGCCACGCCCACUUGGCGAUGCCACGCCCACUUCCGGUCCCUGGCCCGCAGCAUGGCUGCUCUAGGUGCUCUGCUCUUUAGUGUCCGGAGGCUGCACGGCAGCGCGGCGGCUCGGGCGGGUGGCCAGUGGAGACUCCAGCAGGGCAUGGCUGCCAACCCCUCGGGCUACGGGCCCCUGACGGAGCUCCCAGACUGGUCGUACGCGGAUGGCCGCCCUGCUCCUCCGAUGAAAGGCCAGCUUCGAAGACAAGCCCAAAGAGAAAAAUUUGCAAGACGAGUUGUACUGUUGUCACAGGAAAUGGAUGCUGGGUUACAGGCAUGGCAGCUCAGGCAGCAGGCAAAGUUGCAGGAAGAAGAACAGAAGAAGAAAAAUGCUCUUAAACCUAAAGGAGCUGCUCUGAAGAGCCCACUAACACGUCAAUAAAAAGCAACUCCUCUCUCUUUU